AUGUGGAUGGGGAAGAGCAAUAGCGUGGGAGUCAAGGAAGGAGGAGGAUCGACCGGAGUCGUCGCUGUUGCUAUAGACAAAGACAAAAGCAGCCAACAUGCUCUUAAAUGGGCCGUUGAUCAUUUGUUGCAGAGAGGCCAAUCUGUUAUUCUCGUGCAUGUCAAGCUACGACCUUCCCCUAUGAACAGUAACCCUAAUCUUCAUGCUUCUUCCACAAGGGUGAGCCAAGAUUCUUCAUUAAUAUGUAGAGAUCCAGAAGGCGCUUCCAAGGAGAUAUUCCUUCCUUUCCGUUGCUUCUGCACGCGCAAAGAUAUUCAAUGCAAAGACGUGUUGCUUGAGGAGUACGAUGUAGCGAGAGCAUUAAUCGAAUAUACAAACCAAGCCGCAGUAGAGGUUUUGGUUGUUGGUUCCUCCAACAAAGGUGGCUUUCUCAGGUUCAACAAGCCUACAGAUAUUCCAGGGACCGUAACUAAAACCGCGCCUGAUUUCUGCACCGUUUAUGUCAUAACCAAAGGCAAGAUCUCAACAAUGAGAUCAGCUUCACGUUCUGCACCAAUGAGUGCUCCUCUACGCAGUCCUAUUCAACCACCUAGCUUAAAGCCACCUCAACCUGUGCCUUCUACUUCCAAUACCAUGCGAGCUGAGAGACGGUCUUUCGAGUCUCAACAAAACCAACGCAGGUCUAUCGAAGAUCAGCAGCGUAGAUCAAUGGAGGAUCAACAACGUAGAUCCAUGGAAGAUCAGCAACGUAGGUCCAUGGAGGAACAACAACGCAGGUCCAUGGAUGAUCAAUCAGAGUCUUUCAGAUCUCCUUUUACAAGAAGAGGCAAUGGGAGAUCAUACGGAGACCUAUCUGUUCUUCCGGAGUCAGACAUAUCCUUUGUCAGUUCCGGUAGACCGAGCAUAGACCGUAUCUUCCCUAAUCUGUACGACAACAGUAGUGAUCCAAACCGAACACCUCCAAGGCUGUCUAAUUACUCAGAUAUGGACUAUGGUACUGGUCCUAGCUUUGAGUCCUCAAACUAUGGGAGAAGAUCAGUGGAUAUAAGCUCGUCACCUACUGAUUUCUCACAAGGCUCGUUUGAGAGCGAAAGAAUGUCAUCCGCUUCAGGAAUGGAUGAUGUAGAGUCCGAGAUGAGGAGGCUUAAGCUAGAGCUGAAGCAGACAAUGGAAAUGUAUAGCACAGCUUGUAAAGAAGCACUUACAGCGAAACAAAAGGCGACUGAGCUUCAACGUUGGAAGUUAGAAGAAGAGAGAAAGCUAGAAGAGGCAAGACUUGCUGAGGAAGCAGCAUUAGCCAUUGCAGAGAAAGAGAAAGCGAAGUCGAAAGCGGCUAUGGAAGCAGCCGAAGCAGCUCAGAGGAUCGCUGAGUUAGAAUCUAAGAAGAGAGUCAAUGCGGAAAUGAAAGCUCUCAAGGAUUCUGAAGAGAAAACAAAGGCUCUUACAGCUUUAGCAAACUCUGAUGUCAGAUAUAGGAAGUACUCCAUUGAAGAGAUUGAGCGUGCCACCGAGUAUUUCGCUGAGAAGUACAAGAUUGGAGAAGGUGGUUAUGGACCUGUCUACAAAUGCUAUCUUGAUCACACACCAGUAGCUGUUAAAGUUCUUCGUCCUGAUGCAGCUCAAGGAAGAUCUCAGUUUCAACAAGAGGUUGAAGUAUUGAGCUGUAUAAGGCAUCCUAACAUGGUUCUACUUCUUGGAGCUUGUCCUGAGUGUGGAUGUUUAGUCUACGAGUUCAUGGCUAACGGAAGCUUAGAAGACCGUCUCUUCAGAUUAGGAAACAGCCCGGCUCUCUCAUGGCAAACAAGAUUCAGAAUCGCUGCAGAGAUCGGUACCGGACUCUUGUUCUUGCACCAGGCUAAGCCAGAGCCUCUUGUUCACCGUGAUCUCAAACCGGGGAACAUCUUGCUAGACCGGAACUUUGUCAGCAAGAUCUCUGAUGUUGGUUUAGCAAGAUUAGUCCCACCAUCGGUUGCAGACACGGUGACGCAAUACCGCAUGACUUCAACCGCUGGAACGUUCUGUUACAUCGACCCGGAGUAUCAGCAAACAGGAAUGUUGGGUGUGAAGUCUGAUAUCUACUCGCUUGGCAUCAUGUUUCUGCAGCUGAUAACUGCAAAACCACCAAUGGGUCUCACUCAUUAUGUCGAGAGAGCGCUUGAGAAAGGGACUUUGGCGGAUUUGCUCGAUCCAGCGGUUCCUGAUUGGCCAGUUGAAGAUACUGCAGAGUUUGCAAAGUUAGCUCUUCAAUGCUCAGAGCUAAGGAGGAAAGACAGACCUGAUCUUGCUAAAGUUAUAUUGCCUGAGUUAAACAGAUUAAGAACACUUGCUGACGAAUCAUCACAUUCUGUAUUAGUCGUCAAUAGCCAAGGACCAUCUGAGAGCUAA